CCCCGCACGCUGCUCAUUCUCUCCAAGAGCUGUCACCCUGUCUCUCUCUCUCUCUCCUCCUCUCUCUCUCAAACUGACACACACACCAAGUAGCUCGAGCCCCAGUGGAGACGCUGCUGACGCUCUGCUCGCUACACCGACAACACCGAGUCACGUUCUGUUCUUUUCUCGCUCCACCGACAACACCGAGUCACGUUCUGUUCUUCUCUCGCUCCACCGACAACACCAAGUCACGGUAUGUUCUUCUCUGGCAGAACCGGAGAGUGAAAGCCCUUUAGGAUUCUAUAUAUCGCGUGUGAUAUUUGCAGCUGAACGACCGGUCGUGACGGAGGACGCGAGGGGAAAUACAAAAAAAGAGCGAAAGGGAGAAAAGAAAAGGUGGUGUCCUCCCAUCAGAAACACUCUGAGAGCAGCUUGACAGCACAGGACGAGAGAGAGAGAGAGAGAGAGAGAGAGAGAGAGAGAGAGAGAGAGAGAGAGAGAGAGAGAGAGCCAACCAACCAUCUGUGAAUCACAUCAAGGCAGCUGUGGUCUGCAGUUAUUGUGGACUGCAGUUAUUUUACGAACGAGAGGCAGAGAGGGGGAUAGAAGUGGAGAGAAGGAGAGCGGGAUAGAAGUGGAGAGAAGGAGAGGGGGAUAGAAGUGGAGAGAAGGAGAGGGGGAUAGAAGAGAGAAAUGGUGAGAGAAGGACAAAAGGAGAGGGGGCCUGGGUGAGUUUCCAAGCCCAGGAUGGUGAACCCUGAUCGGGGGGGGGUUAGACCAGGCCUCUGGAGUUCCUUUGGAGAGAUGAGGACCUCUGAGAAGACGGUGUUUAGACAGGUGAAAAUCAAAUGAAUCGUGACUCUGAUGGAUCCUGUGAUUACAACAUGGAUUGACCUUUUUCUUCUUCUCAUCUGAGGGAUAUUUUAGGUUUUUAUGUGGACGUUUUUCUGUGUGGAAAUGUGUCUAUUUUUUCUAAAUGAAUUUGGAGUUUCAAAUCUUUCUGGUGUGGAUUUUAAGGAGGCUGUUUAGUUGACUCUGUGGAUCUGAAACUGCCUCCACUCAUCUGCAGGGAUUUAAACAAUAACUAUUUUGGCCUUGGAUUUUUUUCACGUGUUUUUUUCCAAUAUGUUUUUUUCCCGUGCGGUAGUUGAGACUGCUUUGUAACCUUGGUAACCAAGCGGUAACCAGGCGUCAACUGAGCGGUAACCAUGGCAGCAGCCUAUCGCGUGGUAGUGAGCAGUGUUAGUUGCUACAGCAGCGUGGUGGUGGACCGUCGGGCUCAGAGUCACGCGGUGCACUACUGCUCCGGGUCAUGUGGGGCGCUGUCCCAGGGACUGGACUGUACUGUUGCCCAUCGCAGCACCUGCUCCGAGCUGCUGACCGCCCCCUCACACACAUUCACACACAACCUGACCCGAAACGCUAACUCUCCUCACCAAAUCCCCAACAGCUCUAAACUUAGUAUGACCGGCUGUAAUGGGGGUAGUGGUGUUCCUAAUGAUCCUAACAGUGUGUAUGGUGUGGUGGGGGAGGACAGUCCUCCAUGGCGAGGUAAGAAGGCCAACACUACCACCACUACUACCAGCUCUGGUCCUGACCGGCCUCUCCAGAGCUCUGCCAGUCUGAAGGACAUCACAGGAGAAGCCAUCAACCUGGCCAGUGGCAAACUCAAAGAGUUCUCCUUCGAGAAGCUCCGCCUCUCCACCAGUCACGUGACCUUCAGGAAAGGUCGCAAGGUCAGGCCGGACUCAUACAGCCGUCGGUCAACGGACCUCGACAUCAUCUACGGACACUUCACCGGGAACGUCGGAGGAACGGGGAAUGGGACUAUUACUGGAAAUGGAAACGCCAAUGAUGAGAACCUGCCUCCUUUCAGCGACACCACCAAGGUGCUCAAAGGCCUAUCGCCUGCUAGCAUCACCGCCGGGGGCGGGUCUUUAUCUACAACCAGCCUAUCCAGUGUCUCCAGGGCUGGGGGCGGGUCCACCAGUAGCCUAUCCAGUGCCUGCUCUGGUUCCUUGGAGGCGGGGCUAAACACAGUGGCGUCUCUCUACCUCAGCUCAUUAGCCGACGAGUCCCUCAUCGCCCGGUUACUGGAGAAGACCCGUGCAGGGGAGGAGGGAGGAGUGGGAGGAGCAGGGGGGGAAGACAUACGGGCCUGUCUGGACAUUCUGGUCAAGUGUUCAGAGGACUUGAAGAAAUGUACUGACAUCAUCAAGCAGUGUAUCAGUCGGAAGAGUCCCGGGGGAGGGGAAGAUGGGGGAGCCAGUCCAGAGAGCAUCUACAGAGCUGUGAUGACCAGACUGAGCUCCUAUCUGAGGAAACUGCCUCUAGAGCUGGAGGGGGCUGGGUUGGGGUUAGGGUCAGGGGCUGGAGGUCAAGGGUCAGGGAUUGCAGGUCAUAGCGAGUUGGCCGAGCUGGUUAGUAGUCUCCAUAUGCUGCAGCAAGCUGCUGUCCCCUUCUCACCCAUAUUUGGGAAUGAUCAACCGCCACGGUAUGAGGAUGUUGUUCAGAACCCUCCCUUACCCAAGAGCAGGGAUAUACUGCCACCCUCGUCACUCGCUCCAGACUCUUCUCUCUCUUUGUCCACUAUGCCUGAGACAGCAGGGAGACAUAAGGUUCAGACCAACGGGCUGCAGCACACACACACUCUGUCACACACACACUCUCCCUCACCGCACACACAGACGUUGUCUAUUUCUACCCCUCCAACCCAGGCACACACACCAUCAUCGCAAACGCACACUCCGUCAGCGCGCACACACACUCCGUCCAUCUCCCCCAUGGAGGCUCUCUUCAUUGAGGAGGACGCAGACCUGGGAAGGGGGCUGAACAGGGCUUCCAGACACACACACUCACACACACCGACCAGAAGCCUCACACACACUCACAGUCGGAACGGGACAGCUUUUAGUCCACACACACCCCCCAGCUCCGCGCACACACACCUCAGCCCCAAUCUGUCACACGUACACGUUACACACACACUCCAGUCUGCCGGUGAAGACCUCACCUGCCCCCUAACCUCCGAACACACCCCUCCUGUCACUCAUAGAGACGACGACAUCGACAAGCUUCUGAUGGACUUGGAGUGUCUGUCGCAGAGCAUGGGUCGGGAGAGAGACAGAGUCAGAGAGGGAGAGAGAGAAAGAGAGGCGGAGCCCCCUCUCCCCGUUAAGACCAGACAGAGGGGGACAGGACAGGGGAACACCUCCCCACAAACCCAACCCUCUCUCCAGACACAAACCCAAAUCAACCCCCAGGCUCAAAGGCCUGUUCCUGUUAGCCACCUAACCGCUAACGCCCAGGCCACUAGGUCGACCCCCAGCUCGCCUGCUCCUCUCCCCCAGGCAGAGGGCAGCAUGGUGGGGCUGGGAGAUGAGGAGGACGGGGCCCUGCUGCUGAGGAUCCUGGAGAGCAUUGAGAGCUUUGCCCAGGAGCUGGUGGACUCUGGGGGUAGUCCUGGGAACACUGGGAAGACUGGGGCUCAGAGCAAAGAGAAGGAGGUGAUGAGACUCCUACAGGACACUCUGGCUACUGCAGCCAAGACUGACACUCUGACGCAGGCCAAACUACCUGGAUCUCCACCCGCUGGGCAAGGUGACUAUGGACCUGUACAUGUGUCUGCCUCCACACCAACACCUGCAACCAGACUUACAGAUGGACCUGUUCCUACGGCCCUACCUGUCUCUACAGCUCCCACACCUGUCCCUGCCCCUAUCCCCACAACCCUAGCAGAGUCUGUCUCUACAGCUCCCACGCCUGUCCCUGCCCCUAUCCCCACAACCCUAGCAGAGUCUGUCUCUACAGCUCCCACGCCUGUCCCUGCCCCUAUCCCCACAACCCUAGCAGAGUCUGUCGCCACAGACCAAGCUACACCUUCUGCCCUACCCACACCUGUUCCACCACCUACAGUCAUACCCACACCUGUUCCACCACCUACAGUCGUACCCACACCUGUUCCACCACCUACAGUCGUACCCACACCUUCAGAAGCAGCCGCUGGACGUGAACAUCCACCUGUAGCUGACCUGACAGCUGUACUUACCACCACGGCCACCCCUCCACCCUCCCCUGUCCCGCCCCCUACACCCUCCCCUGGAGAAGCACCUGUUGCAACCAUCGCUGCUCCUCCUGUUGCCGUGAGACACCCGGUUGCCCCUAGCGAUGUGGUUGCCCUGAGAGACAUCGGCUCGACACUGCUCAUCCAGCAGACGCCUGAGGUGAUCAGAGUCCAGUCCAACAAGCAAGAUAAGAAAUCUGGCACCCCUCCUCCAGCCCCUCUCUCCCCCACCCCCUCCGUUUCUCCUCCCCACCGCUCCCCCUCUCCUCCCCCCACUCCAGUCGUCCUCACCCCUCCUCCACCUCCCCCUCCUCCCCCUGCCCUCAACAUUCCCCGCUUCUACUACCCUCGAGGGUUACCGGGGGCAACAAAAGUCAACCACGAUGCGGCCAUCACUGCCAUAGAAACAGCCUUCACUGAGUUUGAGGAGGAGAAGGCUGAUAUUUACGAGAUGGGCAAGAUCGCUAAGGCAUGUGGCUGUCCUCUCUACUGGAAGGCAGCCAUGUUUAACGGAGCGGGAGGAGAGAGGACCGGCUUCGUCUCUGUUCACUCCUUCAUCGCUACCUGGAGAAAGUUGUUACAUAGUUGCUAUGACGAUUCGUCUAAGUUUAUCUACCUCCUAGCGAAGCCUGGCUGUUCCUACCUGGACCAGGAGGACUUCAUACCUUUAUUACAGGACAUAGUGGACACUCACCCAGGACUGACGUUCUUGAAGGAUGCCCCAGAAUUCCAUUCCCGUUACAUCACCACCGUGAUUCAGCGGAUAUUCUAUGUGGUCAACCGCUCGUGGACAGGUCGCAUCACCAUGACGGAACUACGCAGGAGCAACUUCCUGCAGACCCUGGCCCUGUUGGAAGAGGAGGAUGAUAUCAACCAGAUAACAGAUUAUUUCUCUUAUGAGCAUUUCUAUGUGAUCUACUGUAAGUUCUGGGAGUUGGACACAGACCACGACCUUUACAUUGACCCUAAGGACCUGGCUCGUUACAACGACCACGCAUCAUCAAGCAGAAUCAUUGAGAGGUUGUUCUCAGGAGCCGUUACACGGGGUAGCUCAGUGCAGAGAGAAGGGAGGAUGAGUUAUGCAGAGUUCAGCUGGUUCCUCAUCUCAGAGGAAGACAAGAAAAACCCUACCAGUAUAGAGUACUGGUUCAGGUGUAUGGACACAGAUGGGGACGGUGUGUUGUCUAUGUUUGAGUUGGAGUACUUCUAUGAGGAGCAGUGUAGUAGGAUGGAGGGGAUGGGAAUUGAACCCCUACCCUUCACAGACCUGCUCUGUCAGAUGCUAGACCUUGUCAAACCUGAAAGCCAAGGUAAGAUAACCCUGUCUGAUCUGAAGAGGUGUAGGAUGGCUCAUAUAUUCUUCGACACGUUCUUCAACCUGGAGAAAUACCUGGACCACGAGCAGAGAGACCCCUUCGCUUUGCAGAAGGACAUAGACAAUGAGUGUCCAGAGCCUUCAGACUGGGAUAAAUACGCUUCAGAGGAAUAUGAGAUCCUGGUGGCAGAAGAGACAGCUAAUGAACAGCUGCAGGAGGGGACAUUUGAUGAUGACUAUGAGGAGGCGGAGCUUCCUGUUCAAGGAGAGAUGGUUGGGAAUAAGAUGGAUAAGCUGCUCAUAUCAGAUCUGUCAGCAUGAAAUUCCCAAAGCCUGGAAUACCGCUCCCUUCUCCUUGGAUAUACAGGAGACGGGGAGAGAGGAAGAGGGAUGGACGGGGAGAAAUGAAGAACAAGCUAAAGCAAUGGAGGACUCCAAACUCUCUCAGCUUCUCCUUUCAUACACAGACAGGGACAGAAGAGAUGGUGAGAAGACAGAGAGGAUGGACAGAACGAGAGAGAGGAUGGACAGAACGAGAAAGAGGAUGGACAGAACGAGAGAGAGGAUGGACAGAACGAGAGAGAGGAUGGACAGAACGAGAGAGAGGAUAGACAGAACGAGAGAGCACUCUGGCAGCUGUCCUCUCAGCCCUCUGUAGGAGAGAACGUGUUUUCCACUCUUUUAUCUUCAUUGGAGAUUGUGUGUGUGUUGUGUAUGCAUGUGUGUGUGUGUGUAUGUGUGUGUGUUUGUGUCAUCCCAAAGACUGUGUUUGGUGCAAUAAUGUGUCUUAACAUGUUUAUUAUGUAGAAGUAAGAAAGCACAAAUCCUGAUGUGGAGAUACUUCCUGUAUUAUAUUUAUAAUUACUGCCAUAUGGAGAUUUUUCACUGACAAUCAACUACUAGACAAUCAGCUAAUCAAUCAAGUUGUUUUCAAAUGUGUCAAUUAACACACACACACACACACACACAGUACAUACACACAGCUCUGUGCAAAACACCGCCAUCUUGUGGUCACUAGUUAUACUGCGGGCUGCUCUUAGAGCCGCGUGACGUUUGGAAAAGGGAGCUGUUGGAACACGGCUGUCAGCGUUCUCCGUUUAUAAACCUCAUUUUCAGUGUUCCAUUUCAGAAUGUUACUGUUAAGUAGUUUGAUAAGGCGGGCCAUUGUGUGUCAAAUGUUUAAUUCAGUUUGAGAUAAAAAUGCAUGUACUGUAUAUUCCGUCCGUAUACUUUUCAAAGAGUUCUCUCAUAGCAGAGGCUGCGUCACAAAUGGCAGUCUAUUCCUCAUGUAGUGCACUAUAACUUCUAGGGAGUAGAGUGCUAUUCUAGAUUUGACCAGAAUCAACCACAGUGUACAUAGACUGAGCUGUAACAAACUAACUAUGAACUAACUAUCUCUCUGGUAGAGAUGUUACUGUAUAAACCAAAAUGGACAGGAAUGGAAUCUGCCAAAAUGGGCAGAAGUGACACACACACACACUUGCUAGCCACAAGGCGCGCUGUCGACACGUGGAACAGAGCUGUAAAGCUAACAGGCGUUUUCAUGUGUCACCAAAGGGGAUGUUCAAGUAGCAUGACGUUAAAGAUGAAAACAGUGGGCCUAUCUAACUGCCAUCCUGUCAUUAUCCUCUUCAGCGUCAUGUAUUCUUUAGUUUGUCACUGCUGGUGGUGUUUUAAAGCUGUGUUCAUGUGUGUGUGUGUGUGUGUGUGUAUUUGUGCGUGUGUUUGUGUGUGUGUGUGUGUUUCUUUAAUAGCAACAAUCUGUCCCUAUAUAACCAUUGUAAAUGUGUAUUUAACUCUACAUAGUGUUGCCAUUGUGUACAGAUGAUGUAUCUGAUGCUUUGUGUUGCUGUGUGGCUCGAAGGGGUUCAGUUAUGUGGCGUGUGACCCAAAUGCACAAGGAUGAUUGGUCGGAGGUCAUAGAGGGACACGCCCACCAGACAAUUGACUGUCAAUCAGUUUGUCAAUCACCUAUCAAUCAGUUUGAUAAUCUGAUUGGGUAAUAAGGAGCAUCUUGCUGUGACUGGAUUGGACACACUGGUAGCUCCUCCCUUUAGAGAGACUCAUGCUGCUGUAGAGACACACACACACACGUUUAUGAGACACUGCUGUGUCUGACGCUAUGCAAACAAUCUGCUUUUUUGCUGACUGCCCUGGGAACACACACACAUCUGCUCUGUACUAGGUGCAGGGGGCAGGGUGAGAAGCCAUGGUGGAACUGCCUCCGACCGGAGACACUUCUGCCGCAAUGAGGACUUUUACUUUGAAAUGUAUGUCUGUUUUAAACAACUUUUACUUCGAUGUUUUCCCCCUUUCAUCUGAUGUUUUACUUCCAGGUUGAUGAGGCUUCAGUAGAUGUUCUUGUGUUCGCAUGGCUUCCUUCUUUCUAUCUUUCCUUUGUUUUCUUUUAAAAGUGAAUCCAAAUAAAGGCGAUUUAAGGUUG